AUGUCUACACCAUCAUCGAGUAAUGUUGAUCCGACACAAUUCUUACGAAGUGAAAUUGUCGGAAAACCAGUGAUUGUAAAAUUGAAUUCUGGAACGGAAUAUAGAGGAAUUUUAACUUGUUUGGAUGGUUAUAUGAAUGUGGCUUUGGAACAGACAAAGGAAUAUGUGGACGGGGUGUUAACUGGAAAUUAUGAAGAUGCUUUUAUUAGAGGAAAUAAUGUUUAUUACAUUGCCAAACAAGCCUAA